AUGACUCGAGAUCCUACCAAUUCUAAUUUGCAACCAUAUCCAAUUCAACACGACUCCGAGCAGAAGCAGGAUGAUCCAUCUUUGUUCGACGGCACCGUGUACCACAUCUCCCCCUCCCUACCGCCGACCCUCGUGGCCCAACUCGACGCCCUGCUGCUUGCCAAUGGCGCACGACGUGCUGGAAAUUCGGGCUCUCAGGGACAACAAAUACCGUCAACAUCACAACACUCCCAGAUCCAAGCACAACAGCAACAGCCGCCAACCCAAGACCCAACCCUAACAAUCGUCAUUUCCGACUCACUGCGCUUCCCGGGAUGGGAGGACAUCGCACGGCGCCGUGCGCGUGAGGCGGGAAGCGGUGUGCCAGACGAAGUGACAGGCGAGGAGAAAUAUAGCGUGCACGUCGUGUUGCCGGCAUGGGUAGAGCGCGGGGUUGUGUUGGGCAAGAUGCAGCACCCAGCACACUACUCGCCCGACCCUUCCCUACUAUUUUCUUCUCUCACCUGUUCCGCAUCCACCACAUCUCUCUCGCCCUCUGAUAUCAUCACUUUACAAGCAGGUGUCACUUCACUUGGGGGGCAAUGGCGGUCAUCCCUGACCCGCGAGGUGACGCAUCUUUUUGCGCUGAGCAGAGAGGGUAGAGAGUACGAGACCGCGAUGCAUUUUCAGCGGGAGACCGGUGUAAAAGUGUUACUCCCACAUUGGUUUGACGACGUUGUGCGGCUGGGGGUGCGGGUUGAGGAGGGGCCGUAUGAAUGGCCUGAUCCAGAGUUGUUGAGGGAGAGGGAGAAGGAGAAGGGCAUCAACACGAGUCAAGGGCCGACGAAGGAUAAGGAGAAGCCGACAGAUAUCGAUGCGGAACGCGCGCGCUUGAAACGCAGUGUGUUCGUCACCGCCGCCCGUUUCACCCCUGCACUCACCGCGUGUCCCCCGCCGUCUCAGGCCGACCUCGACAACACGCACAAAAAUGGUGUUCAGCCGGUGUCAUCAAGUCCAGGAGGAGACGGUGCGCCUGCGUCGUCCGCCGUGGGUGGUGUGCCAGGAGCUGCAGAAGGCGAUACCUCAAUUGCACACCUCGCACCUCCACCCACCUCGUCCUUCUCUUUACCCGCAGUGGUAACCAUUUCCGCCCCCAAAGUGUGGGAAGAACGCCGUAUCUUGCUCUCGCGCACGUUGCAGCUGUGGGGCCGACGUAGGGAUAGCGUACAGGCUGGCAUUGAACGUGCAGGUGGUAUCGUGGUUAGAUUUGAGGGCGACGAGGAAGAGCAGGAAGAGGUUCCUAUCUCUCCGGAGGAUGCACAAGAAAACAAAUCGAAUGGAUCGACAGUGGGGAAAGACGGCGAGCGUGGAUUUGGCUACGACGAGCGGCUAUCGCGCCAGGAACGGCGUCGUCGUCGGCGUGAGGCAGAGCGCGUGAAGGACUGCGAUGUACUUGUGACCAGAUGGCGCGAAGGAAGGGGUUAUGUUGAGGCCGUCCGGACGCAGAAGCUCGUCGGAACACUUGCAUGGCUGUUCCAUGUGCAGUCGUGCGGUGUGCUCUCGCACCCGCUGAACCAGCUGCUGCAUUAUCCAGUUCCAAAGCGGCGGAUCGAGGGUUUUAGCGCCCAUGUGAUCACAGUAACGAAUUAUACGGGAGAGGCGAGGGAAUACAUCAAGAAGCUGGUCACUGCAAUGGGUGCGACGUUCACGCCAACCACCAAAGCAACGGCCUGGUCGAUCCCGAUCGUAAACCAUACCUGGCUGGAAGACUGCUUCAUUGCAUGGCGCAAUCUCACGCCCGCGAACCCCAAAUACAUCAUCUUCCGCACGGGUGACGACUGGAGCCGUCGACUUGGCGAGCGCGGGGUCGCGGUGGGCGUGCGAAAUGGGAUCAGUGGUGGGUGGGGAGCGGUUGUUAGGGUGGGUGUAGGCGAAGGAGAGACACAGGAUGAGACGCAGGAGGGGCAGGGGGAAGAAAGAGAGUUGGGCAGGAUUGAGCAGGAGGCAGAAGAGCUUGCGGAGGAGGGGGAUGAGCUGGGGGAUAGCGAAACGGAUGAAGCGGAGGCUCGGGCAGAGGCUGUUGCUGCUUCCGCUCCCGCUGUUGGUGCAGCUGGUGUUGAUGCUGGUACCGGUGAUCAUUUCACAGAAGUGCACCCCCCGAACGGGACGGAAGCGAGUAUGAAGGAGGUCAUGGAUGAUCUUGUCGAUGCCGAUGAUGCGAUGGAGAUAGAUGUGGAUGAUCCUGGUCAGGUGGAUGACGAAGAUGCAGAUGGAGUGAAGGUCAGCACGAAGAAAGCUAGGCCUGUAUCUUUGGAACGGGAGAGGGAGAAGGAGAAAGGGAAGAGCUCUCCCGUGAAGCCGACCUUUAGCCCAAGAAAGUCGAAGCAGCCAGCACCGAUCAAGUCCAAAUCUCAGUUCAAAGGAAAGCCUCGAGACUCUGGAUCAGAUGAGAAUGAGGAAGAGGAAGGGUAUCGUAAGGAAACGGUAAUCGAGGUCCCAUCGUCGCCGUUAUCCGAGGAAAGCGACGACCACGAUGAAAGACGAAAAGAGAAGACAAAGUCAUCGGGGAAGACUCCCAGGUCUGCAUCCAACGUUAAGGAGAAAUCGAAGUCAAAACCGGCAAAACCAGCGUCUGAGACCGAAUCCGAGGCAGAUAACGAGAACAAGGAGGAGGAUGUGGUUGCCGAGGAGGCGGAAGAGGAACGACCGCAAUCUCCUGUUCUGAAGAAAUCAAAACCGAAGUCGACACCGAAGUCCGCAGGCAAAGCUAGCACGAACACGGAUACGAAAAAGCGCGCAGAGGACAAGUUAAAGGUGAAGAACAGGAAGACGCGUGUACCCGGUAGCUCUGAUGAGGAGGAUGAGGACGAAGGUGUCGAGGACGAUACAGGCGGAAAUGGAGACGCGAUGGAUGUUGAUAUCGACGCCGAACAUCCCCCGAAAUCAAAAGCGAAGUCCACUACGAAAAUGAAGUCAAAGUCCACGAACAAAGAAUCGCCCACAUCAAAAUUGACACCACAGACGAGCUCGAAAGUCGCCGAGAAUGGAAAGGCCUCGUCAUCAUCCAAAUCCAAGUCGAAGAAAACGGUUCAAGUCAGUUCAGGUACCGAAGACGAAGACGAGGAUGACAACAAAAGCGCUCAGAGUACGGACGUUGAGCUGGAUGUCGAGGAGGCGUCAAAACCAGCGCCGGCGAAGAAGAAGCCGCUUACGCGGCGCGUCACUGUCGAGAUCACCGUUCCGAGCCCUGCGAAAGGUUUGACUGCCGCCGCCGCCAAGGCGACUGGAGGCACCGGUACACCGUCACGGGUUUCUGGUACAACCACAACCACCACGCCCUCCGCCGCCCCUAAGCCCGACACCACCCCCGCUGCAUCAACUGCCGGAGGAGGUCUCCUAACCCGUAUGAUCAAAGUGGACGCGCGUACGCGCGUGAAGCGGCGUAAGCCUGGAGAUGAGGGGAAGAAAAGGAAGCGGAGCGAUGUUUAUGUCGAGACGAGUGAGAGUGAAGAUGAGGUUGUUGAACCCGAGCAGGUGAUCGCCGUCGCGAAGGGAAAGAGCAAGGGUAAAGGUAAAGAGGUGAAAGCUAGAGAUUCGGUGAGGGGCAAGGGCAAGCAGGUGGAGGAAGCAAAGGUGGUCUCCCCCAAAGGGAAAGUGAAGGCGAAAUCACAACAUACGAAGGGGAGGAAGGGGAAGAAGGCCGUCAGCGACGACGACGACGCGGAAGCGAAGGUUGUGGAAUCUGAGGAAGAAGUCGAUACGGAGGAGGAGGAAAACGAGGAGAUCGUCGUCUCAAGCCGCAAGAUCGAAUCUACUUCCAAAACCUCAUCCUCCAAGUCCAAAGUUAAACCGACACCGAAAGCAGUCGCAAAGAUAAAAGCUAAAGACAAGAAAGCUGCAAAAGUUUCCGCGUCGUCCGCCUCGGAGGAAGAAGAAAAGGAAGAGGAAGCUGAAGAGGAAGAGGAUCUCCCACCGCCUAAAAAACGUCCUGGUGCCACUUCGAAAUCCAAAAAACACGCACCACCCCCCUCCCCAUCCCAACCUCCAGAACGCGACCAUGCCCAGCUCUCCUCGCCGAGCAAGCGUAAGAAGCCUUUGCGCGUGUACUCAUCUCCCGACGAGGAAGAUGAGGAAGAAGACGAGGAAGAUUCCGAUGAUGGGCUGCCUUUGAACCCCUUUACGUUGUCCAAGGCUGAGCAACGCGCGAAGGAUGCGAAAGAAAGGGAGGCAAAGGAGCGGAAGGCCGCGGAGGAGGAAGCUGAGAGACAGAGGAAGAAGAAGGCCAACAGUCUCGCGAAGGUUAAAGGGAAGGUAGAAAAGACCUAUGGCAAGGGGAAGACAGCGAAGAAAGUUGCUGCUGCUGCGUCAGAGACUGAGUCCGAAGAAGAAGAGGAGGAGGAGGAUAAAGAUGAAGACGACGUACCGCCUCGCAAAGGCACCAAAGCGAAAGCAAAGUCCAAGGCUGUCGAUCAUUCCCCGAGCACAUUGAAACGCGGCAAAAGGAGAGGGAAGGAUUAUGUGGACGCCCAUGGGGGUGAUCAAACAUCUGUUGCCUUCGGUGUGAAGCGGAAGGGGAAGAAAACCGCUGCUCCAUCAUCCGACGAGGAAGAGGAAGAAGAGGAAGAGAGACCUGCGCGGAAAGCGUCCAAAGCCAAACCUGGUACCACUAAAGCAACCUCAAAACCCAAACCCAGCGCGAAGGCCAAAUCAGCGAAAUCAACACUGCCCACAGAGUCGGAGAACGAGUCGGAGGAAGAAGAUGAAGUCAGUUUGUUGGUCAGCCCAAGCCGUGCUGCGCGCGCCCUGACGCGCACGGAAAGCCUACGCGCUGUUGCGGGCCAGCAGGCGACGUCGUCGAGCGCGGUUGCUACACCUAUAAGGGUGAAUGGUGUAGCUGAGACAUCGAUAUCGGCCGCGGACAAGGGGCGGAAAGGUGGGAAAGCGACAAACGCGACGGCCGCCACGAGCUCAAAGGCUAAGGCAAAACAAUCCAAUGACGCACCUAUGGACGUCGACGACUCUGUUUCCGUUUCAAUCUCGAAUGCUGGGCCGUCAGCAGUGUCCGCGCCUCCUCGCAGGAGUGCAGCUGCAAAAGCAUCACAGCGCCUGCAUGAAACGAUCAUGCCAGAUUUGGUGCACUACGAGUCGCAGGUGAAGAAGGCACGGCGCGCGUCCAGCCAUGCAGCGAGCAGUACCGCGUUUGCUCUCGCUGAUGAGGGUGAAGAUGUACGCGUGCCUGGACCGAGUGAAAAACGCAAGAAGACCGCAGGUGAUGGCGAGGACGACCAAAGCACAGCAGACCAAGCAGAUGGGAAGGCGGUAAAGAAGAGGAGGGUAGGCGAGAAGGCGAAGGCGAAGGCGCAGGAUGACGACAUGGACGUCGAUCAGUCAUUACCGGGCCAGGGCAUCGUGAUCAUGACGACGCAGGUAACACUCGCAGAUGACGUGGUUAAGACUCUUGUGAAGCUGGGAGUCAAGAUCACGGUACGUGCAUCUGAAUGCACGCACUUGCUCGCCCCACAUGUGGUCCGUACGGAAAAGUUCCUGUGUGCUGUGGCGUCGCGCGCCCCAUGGGUGCUACAGGACAGGUGGGCCAUUGAAAGCGCAAACGCAAGGAAGAUCUUACCUGAAAAGGGUUUCAUUCUCAAGGAUAAAUCCGGCGAGAAUAAAUACGGCGUCAACCUCGUACAGGCCCUUGAACGUGCCAAAGAAAAUAUAAAGGAUGGAGGUCUGUUGAAGGGCCACAUCUUCUAUCUAACACCUCGCGUCCCCGUGGAUGCAAAGCUACUCAAGAACGUCGUCGUAGCGUCGGGCGGUCAGGUAUCGACGCAGACUCCCACACUGCGUGUCAUUAGCACUGCCCCAUCGCUGCGCCACGUUAUCUCCUGCAGCGACGAUAUUGCUAUCUGGAGGCCGCUCACGUCGUCGAAGGCGGUGAGGAUAUAUACCCAGGAAUUGCUGCUCAACGGUGUUCUCAAGCAAGAGAUGGAAUGGGAGAAGGACGAUUAUUUCGUGCCGGGGAGUUUCUAG